CAAAGACUCACCACGGCAGCACCAUCUCGAACGUGCCCUCCUCCGACCUGCUUCCCCAGGCCACAGGACCCUCCUCCUGAAGUCUACAUCUCACAUCGCGUGCUGCUGAACGUAUUGUCCUGGGAGCGUCGGCAUGCCCCCGAAGCGAAAGGCCCAGGCGGCCCUCGACAGCGAUGAGUUUGACUCGCAGGAAGAAGAGAACCUCAGCCUCAGCGAUCGCGAGACGUUCGACAGGCUGCGGGAUAGCUUCGAUGUGAAGGCCAUGGCCCAGCAGGCCCGGGCGGCUCGCGGGUCCAACGCCGCUUCAUUUCUCUUUAAGAAAUGCGAUCAAUUUGACGUCGAGCUGAAGCGGGACCACCGCAACAGGCCACUCUGGAUUGACGACGCUGGACGCAUCAUCCUCGAGUCCUUCAGCCCCAUAUUUGAUGAAGCGCAAGAUUUCUUAAUUAACAUUGCUGAGCCUCAGUCGCGCGUGUCCAAAAUGCACGAGUACACUCUGACUGCCCACAGUCUGUUUGCCGCCGUCUCUGUCGGCCACUCGAGUAAGGAAAUUAUCGAAAAGCUGGGCCGGUAUUCCAAGACCCCUCUGUCCCCUUCAGUCACUGCCUUCAUCGAGAAAUCGACGUCUUCGUUUGGGAAAGCAAAGAUCGUGCUCAAGAAGACCCUGUCAUACAUUGAGAGUGAUGACCCAGCUAUCCUGGAGAAGCUCCUCCAGGAUCCAGUCAUCGCAGAGUGUAGGGCAGACUCCACCAAUGGUUUGAUAAAGGAGGCUGCUCCUAAGAUUGGAGCGAUGGCUAUCCCAGGCACGAAAAUGGCAGCUGGAGCCAAUCAGAUUGCCCAAUCCACCUUAGACCCUCAGAAACCGAGUGACAUGAUUGCUUCCCUUCGAGAUGAGGACGACGACGAGGAGGAGGCUGCCCACGUCCACUCAUUUCAGAUCAAAAGUGAGGAAAGGGAGAGGGUUGUCAAGCAAUGCCAGGACAUCGGGCUACCACUCACAGAAGAAUACGAUUUCAAUAACGAUGAAGUUAACGCGAACCUGGAUAUAGAUCUGAGACCUCAUGCCCAGAUCCGAUACUAUCAGGAGAAGGCUCUAAGCAAGAUGUUUUCAAAUUCGCGGGCCCGAUCGGGCAUCAUUGUCCUUCCCUGUGGUGCAGGAAAGACUCUGGUUGGUAUUACCGCAGCUUGCGGCGUAAAGAAGUCUGUCAUUGUUCUUUGUACGAGCGCCAUGUCUGUCGUUCAGUGGAGGGCCGAGUUUCUCAAAUGGUCCAACAUCAACCCCGAGGACAUCGCUGUAUUCACGUCGGAAAGCAAGAAUCGAUUUCCUCGCAACGCAGGAAUUAUUAUCAGCACAUAUACCAUGAUUACAUCUACCCGAAACAGGUCGUAUGACUCGGAGAAAGUUAUGGAAUUCCUUCGGUCCCGCGAAUGGGGAUUGCUCAUCGCCGACGAAGUGCACGUCGUGCCCGCGAACAUCUUUAAGAAGGUCACGUACUCUAUUGCGUCACAUUCGAAGCUCGGGUUGACCGCUACUCUACUCCGAGAAGAUGAUAAGAUUGAGGAUCUCAAUUUCUUGAUUGGCCCAAAGCUGUAUGAAGCAAACUGGCAGGAGCUUUCCGAGCAAGGCCAUAUUGCCAAAGUGCAGUGUGCGGAAGUGUGGUGCCAGAUGACACCCGAAUUCUAUAGCGAGUGGCUGAAGCCUUCCACCGUACAAAAGAGGGCUUUACUUGCAAUCAUGAACCCCAGGAAAUUCCAAGCAUGCCAGUUUCUCAUCGACUACCACGAGCGCCGGGGGGACAAGAUCAUCGUUUUCUCCGAUAAUGUUUAUGCUUUAGAGAAGUACGCUCGAAAGCUAAAUAAGGCAUACAUUUACGGAGAUACGCCACAGGCCGAGCGUCUUCGUAUCCUAGAGAAUUUCCAGCACAAUGAUAUGGUAAACACCAUCUUUCUCUCCAAAAUUGGCGAUACCAGCCUGGACUUGCCCGAGGCAACUUGCUUAAUUCAGAUUUCUUCGCACUACGGAUCCCGCCGUCAAGAGGCACAACGUCUCGGCAGAAUUCUCCGAGCAAAGCGAAGAAACGAUGAGGGUUUCAACGCUUUCUUCUACUCCCUUGUGUCUAAGGACACUGAUGAGAUGUACUACUCUUCAAAACGUCAAGCGUUCUUGGUUGACCAAGGCUAUGCCUUCAAAGUCAUUACCCGGCUCGAAGGGUUAGACCAACGUUCUGACCUGGCGUUCUACACACCUCAAGACCGGCGAGAGCUCCUCAUGGACGUUCUUCUCGCUAAAGAUACGGAUGCCGAAUCGGAAAGGAUUGCUGGGGAUAUGUUUGGAACCAAAUUCGCCUCUACAGGUGGAAAAGCCAGGAAAAAGAAUGGGGCGAGGAGGAUGGCGGGCACGUUGUCGGAGUUGUCUGGCGGCCAAGACAUGGCUUACAUUGAGUACAACAAGAGCCGUAACAGGGAGCUAAAGCAGAAAGGCAUCAAGAAUCAGUUCAUUCGGAAGCUGCAGAGAGGGACCGCGAAUGCGAAGAAAGCAGCAAAGUGAUAAAGUUCCAACCCUCGUCCAUGCGUGAUUAACAGGCUGCCGCCGUCUGACCUGGUCCGAGCUGUUCGUAGGAUUCGUAUUGUAUCACCAAAAGUUUAACUUGGAGAUAAGAUGGUUAGCAUGCAGGUGGGCGAAGUCUUAGAUUAAAGCCUGCGAUUAGCAUCCGAGGAGCACUAUCCUGCUUUGAUUUCUUCUCUAGACUAGCUAGACGACUAGUAUAUUUAAUGUGCCGCAUGUCUAAA